AUGGAAAGGCUACCAGCAUGCAAACGGGUGACAUACAAAUUGAAGUAUGAUGACUGGUACACGCUCGAUGGAUAUCCUGGCUUCAGUAUCUGCCCGCGCUGCUUCAAGUUUGCCUUUGACAGGACUCAACUGGGAACAGCUUUCAAGCUCGUGCCUAACAAUGCACCCAGGAUGGCCAGAAGAUGCGAGUUUAGCAACCCUUGGAUUCGACUUGCGUGGGUUUUGACCGCCAACAAUCGUCACAACACCCUGAGUGUGAUGACAACCAUCUUCAAGGCUGACGAGAUCGAAGAGCCCUGCCCAGGGAACGCGCGGGGAUGGUGUAAUUGGUACUCAAUUCGCGACAGAGAUGGUCAUUUCUUACGGGACUUUAUUGUGUGCCCGUCUGAUGUGAAAAGGUUGGAAACACUUUUCCCAUGGUUCAGAGGUCUGCUUGUACCACUUCCAAUGAGGCAUUCCUAUGACGAAGACGAGGAAGUGUUCGGCCGCUUCUGCUCGCUACGAACCGACCACAAUAACCGGUUCGCAGCCUACAUCGACUGCUUGUUUCAGCUCCACGAAGAUGCAGUGUCUGGUCAGCGGUUGCCUAGCACACAUGAGUUUGUGUCACUUGUCCGACACAAGACCAGACUCCCCGAAUGCAUCCGUGACGACAAGCUUCAAGGAGUCGAGUGGUACUACAUUCCAUCAUUGGCGCCUGCCUUGACUGUCUGCGAGGAGUGUUACCAUGAUGUGGUACUGCCAUGGAUGAGGUCAAAUUCGGAGGUAGCUAUGAGAUUCAAUCGAAGGAAACAGCCUGUCCGCAAUGAAGGUAGAGGAGGAGUAUCCUGCCAGCUCUACUCAAGACGAAUGCGAGAUGCAUUUCGCUAUGCGGUUGACACGAACGACAUGAAAUAUCUUGCAAGAAAAGCAAAGGACAGAAAAGAUGUUGAAGAGGAUUUCCAGCAAAGAUGCAGAGAUCUGCAAAGAGAGGCCGAACGACUCAAAGGUCGCAGCGGGUAUGCGAUCAGCUCUCGGGCAGAGCAACAAUUGGACGAUCUUCAGCGUGAGAUUGAAGCAAUUGGCGAGACUUGGGAGAUGGAGUGGGAGUGA